CGUUGCGCGCGAUGGUUGAAGAAGUCUUGACUGCGUCUGUCGUCGGUUCUCUUGCCUUUCCCGUUGCGCUAGGCUUACAACAGAGAUUCCUCUACGCUCCUCUACGGAUAACAAGUGACCGACGCAUAGCGGGGCCCCUCUUAGGACUCGGGUCGGUCUUCCUCUCGGGUUGCUGCGCAUCACUGGCGGCAAUAGCAACACUGAAGGCACACAGAACGAUAACAAAAUCACCGAACGACGAGAAAACGUGGCUAGACGAACUGCCUACAGACUGGCAAAACCUAAUUGCGUGCGGACUGGGAAGCGCUCUGGUCUUUCGCAUCCUGACGGGAAGAUACCACUCCGUCCUACCCAGCAACAUCGCCAAACGAGGAGCAUUUGCUAGAGUAUCGAUUCCUGCCAGAAGAAACAACGCUUUUUCGCCUUCUGCUCGAGAAAGGUUUCACAAAAUUGGAAAGAAACAUGGCUGCCACACUUGUGGUAGAAAAUGGAGGGUCAAUAAGUUUCAUCGCGACCAUCAGCCCCCAACUGCUCUUGCAAGAGAAGGAGAGAAGCAGGUGUAUUACCCACAGUGUGCAAAGUGUUCUGCACAGCAGGGUGGAGUCGUAUCUCAACGAACAAUUCAAAUCGUGACGCAUGGCACGAGUCUGCGACUCUAUCAUUUGUGGAUGCCAGUGCCGCUGGCUUGGUUCGGACUGAGAUACUUGUAUGCAAAGGAGCCGGUUGCUGAACACUCGAGUUCCGAUGAAUUGACCUCACGACUCGAAUCCGAAACAAUCGAAAAAUCACGGGACGAGGGCGAGGAAUUUGAGUCAGGUGGUAACAAGAUUGAUAUUAACCGUGAGGUUGUAACUGUCAACAAAAAUAAAUUUUUCGAAGAUCAAACCAACAAAGCAGUUCAGGAGACAUUGUGUGAUGUGAGAGAUGCGUACGAGUCACCACGGGAAAGAAAUGAAAUCGCAGCAGAAAUACAAUCGAAAAGUGACAUUGAGAAUUUGCACUUUAUCAUUCGAAUCAUGGCAGUUGCGGCUGUUGUGAUCGUUUGGAUAUUUAGAACUGAUUAA